CAAAAACAAGGCAAUCCCUGCAAAGGACGUCCACAAUCUUUUUUCUUUCCAAGUGGGGGCCCAGCAAAUAUGCUUAGUGAAGUAGAAGAGAUAAGGUUGUAAACGAGGCCGUAGCUUUGUGAGUCGACAGCCAUGGCCACUUCAUCGCUCAUCUCAUCAUCGCUUUUGCCCACAAAACCUCUCCAAAUUCAUCGCCAAAACCACCAACUUUCCCCGUUUACAAAUCGUAACAGGGUUGACACCGCCUCCAAUAAGGCACCCUCCUUCAGGAUCCGAGCUGCAAAGCCUCCUGCUGGGGUCGAAUUUCCGAAAGUGCAGCCAAAAUUCCAAGCCCCUUUUCUUGGAUUUACCAGGACUGCUGAGAUAUGGAAUUCCAGAGCAUGUAUGAUUGGCCUUAUUGGAACCUUCAUCGUAGAAUUGAUAUUGAACAAAGGAAUUCUUCAGGUUAUUGGGGUGGAUGUUGGAAAAGGUCUUAACCUCCCUCUAUGAAGCUGUCAUUCGGACAUAUGCAAGAAUGCAACUUACCUUAUAUAAUUGAAACCGAAAUCUAAUUUUACAACUUUCUUUUAUAAUUUUUCAUGUAACUUUCCAUUGGUUUUUCAAUUGCAGUUUCAGUUCUCUUCAA